UGUCUGCAAAUUUAAACAAAAAAAGGAAAUUAGCAAGCAAACUUCACAUGAAUAAAUCAAUUCGGUUAAUUAUUUAGCGAACGCAACGCUUAAGUUUUCCAUGUCUCAAAGCGACAAAACGUUUCGUGAACGAUCAAAUACAUACAGACGGCUGCAGCUACGGUUUUAACAGUUGUUGUUGCUGCCGAUUUGCGAAGCGACAAAGUGCUCGUGUGUGCGUUUUUGAGCGUGAGUGUCAGUGUGUGUGUGCGAUAGUAUGUGCGUAUAUUUGUGAGUGUGAAGAUAAAUUAGUUAGAGGUCAUUUCUAUGCGUAAGUCUUUGCAACAUGCGGCGGCACCCAGUUGUUAAAAGCGGGACCAUCGUCUUCUCACAUCACACGAGCCACAACAACAAAGGACGUUUGCAGCUGUACGCCUACGUCCACGCCCACUUCGAAGCGUGCAGCAGCAGCAACGCCAGCUUUGUUUUAUAGUACGCGCAGCCAUGCCAACAACAACAACAACAGCAGUAAAAUCCACUGAAGAAGAAGAAGAGGAAAAUUGCGAUACGCCAAUGGCGUCUGCUACUACAACAAGAACAAGAACAUCAGAGGAGCAGCCACAACCACCAUCGUUGCCGUCAGCUGCGGCGUCGCCCUCAGAAUCGCUGCAGGCGUCAACUACUGAUGCAAUGUCAAAGGCAGCUGCGCGACCAACGCCAACACCCUCACUGUUGCCUCUGCUGGCGUCGGCUGCCGCUUGCAAUAAACAGUUACUGUUCUGCCGGCGUUUUAAGGAUGCAUCCGCUGGCAACGUAGACGGUGCUAGCUUUUUACGUAAUUUCAACUCUUUGCCGUUAUUCGUCUACGCAACGUCACCGUCGACGCACGCCAUUUCAGCAGAUGGCGUUGGCGUUGCCAAAGAAGCAGCAGCCGCUGCUGCCGCUGCGUCGGCGUUCAGUCAAAAGAAUGACGGUUUUGAGCUACCCGCAACGCAUGGGACCUGCAAAACAGACGGCAGCUGCAUUAGCCAACACAGAAGCAACAACAACAGCAAUAGCAACAGCAGUGGUGGCCACACACGCAUCACAGACUUGGCCAGCGGCGCCAUGGAGUGCCUGCCAUUGAGCGGCGGAGUUGUCACACAUCAUCCGCAUCUGAUGGCGACGAGCGGGGCCGGCGGCACGGUGGUUGCCUCGCCAACGGCAACGGUUGUCGUGGGCGCCACAUAUCCACACCAUUUGCACCACCAUCACUUGAGCCACCAUGCGCCGUAUAGCAAUAGCUAUGGUAGUCAUCCGCAUCAUCCCAUACACAGCGAGCAGACCAAGUCGCUGCAGGAGCUGCAGCACGAGGUGGGCGCUCUGUUGGAGUUCAGAGAUCUGGUCAUUGAAACGUUUCCCGAUCUCAAGCAUAAAAUGGCCUCUAUGUCCGCCACGCCAUCGACACCGAACUCUGUGAGUGCGCUUGGUGGCAGUCACUCGGUGGGCGGCAACAGUGGAAAUGGUGGCAGCUCCUCGUUAGCAACCAGACGUGAGUGGGAGCCUGGAAUACGCAUAAAGCGCAAGUUGUCGCACAAGGAACCGUCCACGACAACGGCCGCUGCAGCAGCAUCCGCUGGAGUUGAGCCGUCGUCAUCGUCGCUAACGCGCAGCCGCAGCAACUCGCACAGCGGCAAGAAAGAGCCAAAGAGCGGAGAGAACAACAACGGCAGCGUUGUGCAGGACUCCGGCUUCUCAACGGAGACCAGUUCCUCCAAGGAGGGACACAGUGCCUCCUCCACCAACGGUGCAAUGACGGUGGCCAUAGCAUCGAAUCGUCUGAGUUGCGCCGAGUCGGAUGACGAGCUGCUCAACCUGCUUGAUGUCAUACACCGCAAAUCGAAUCGUUUACGCGAGGAGGUCGAGCAUCUGCAGAGCUACGAGCGCCAGCAGGGCGAUGCAGCCAAGGGCCAAAAGAAUGCGAGUGGCAUGACACCGCAGCAAUUCCGGGAGCAGGUGGAGCGACUGAAUCGCGAAGAUAUCAAACAGUUGCGCAAGGAACGCGAUCGUCUGCUGGAUAAGCUGGCCGAAAUGGAGGCGGAGACGUUGACGGGCCGCAUCAAGGCGGCUAAGAUGAACGAUCAGGUGGAAGAGUUGAUUAGCGUUAAGAAAGAUCUCGAGGAGCAGCUGAAACUGGCCAUGGCUCAAAAGCUGGAGCUGAGCUCGCGUGUGCAGCAGCUGCAGUUGCAGCAGCAGCAACAACAACAGCAGAGCAAAAGCUCAUCCAGCGCCAGCCAGUCAGAGUUCUCCAGUCAACGCAACUUCUUAUCCUCGGCGACGACGGUGCUCUCGAACAGUAGCCGGCCCAGUCUCAGCAGUAACAACACAUUCCAGCCGGUUGUGCUCGACCAGCAUCAACAGCAGCUACAGCAGCAGCCAGCGCCGGACGCAUUCCAUCAAAGCUCAGGCAGUGAUACAGCAACAGCGAGAAGGCAACAACAGCCGCUGGGACGUUUGGAUGGCGUUGUCAGCACGCCCGGCGCCCGAAACACCAAAUGCCGCAUCACAGACUCCAAGCGCUUCUCGGCCAUUCUGUUGGAAACGAAUGUGCUGGAGCUGCAGCGACAUUUGCUCACGCUGACUGUGCAAAAUCAGGUGCUGGCCCAGAAGCUGGAAUCGUCCAGCAAGUCAAAGUCGCUGCUGUCGAAGCGGCUGGACAAGAGUGUCGAGGAUACGGAGGAGCUGCGCUUUCAGCUGGAGGAAAAGAACAUCGAGCUGGAGGGCACCAAGGCGCAGCUGCGCGUACUGGAAUCCCGGCUGCAUAGCAGCAGCAGCGCCAAUUCGUAUUUGAACUCGUCUCAGCAUGAUUACGAGACAAAUCGCUCUUCGGCUUCCACCACACUGAUGCUCAGUCGGCGUGGCGUACCCGAUUCGGUGGACUCGGCAUCGGCAUCUGUGUCGGUGGCGCAGCCCCGAUCCGAUCAAAUAAGCACGCCCAGCAUGAAGGCCAUGGUGCCGCUGGCCAUGGAUGAACUGCAGCAGCACAGCAGCAGCACCGAAUCCGCGCACGAGCAUGAACCGGAACGCACGCCCAAUGACUCGACGCAGAGCAAGACAAUGGUGAACAGCAGUCCCAGUCCGCUGGUCAGUAGCACGCCCACCGCGACCGCCGGCAGCAGCAUUGCGGCGCGUGUCUUGAGCUCCAGCGUGGGCGGGGUCAGUCCCUUUGAGGCGACGCCGUUGCGCAGCCACGGCUUUCGCAAAUUCAACAGCGCCAGCAAGCCGAGCAAAAUACCGUUGCCGGGCAGCAAGGCGGCCGCCUACUUUGCGGGCAAGCCGCCCACGGGUCGGCCGUCCACAGCAGGUCGAUCACCGCCAUCGGUGCAUAACUCCUGCAAUGUGUCGUAUGGGAGCAGCAGCAAGUCUUCGCUGAGUCGCAGCACCGGCAACCUGAGCCAGAGCUUAAAGCGCGCCGACUCUGUCUCCAAUCAUUCACUGAGCACGAACACGAGCCGCAGCUCAACGUCCUCCUCCAUACCCUUGGCCACCACACCAUACUCAUCCAGUUCGGCCGGUGGUAACCGCAGCAGCGGCCACACGGCCACAACCACUCCGUCCCCGCGCGUGCUCCAGAACUCGCCGUUGCCCAAGCUUAAGCGCGAGACGCUCAGCUCACGUGUGCGGCAUCUCGACUCACUUUCGCGCGCCCAACAAUCGCCCGAGCAGCAGCAGCACCACCACCACAACAACAGCAGCAGCAGUGGCAGCGGCAGCGGCAACGCCUCGCACAAAAGCAGCCAGCUGAGCACCAGCGGCAGCUCCAGCUCCAUUGCGGCACAGCUGAGUACGACGCUGCGCAAGGAUCUGCAGCUGAAUGCCAGCUCGGCGCCAGCUUAUCAGCGACGGAGCGGCGGUGGUGCUGGCAGCGGUGGUGCGGCUGUGUCGCGCCGCUUCAGCAGCGCCUCGGUGGCCAGUGCGCGGUUGGCGCGUGAGCAGAGUAGCGAAGCAAACGCCACGCCCACGUCCAGCUAUGGCGACAGUGAUAGUGGCAAGAGUUUGGUAAAUAGCGCAAGUAAGCCAAAUUUCCGUUUCAAUAACAACAAUUGGCAGUUGUGGCAAACAAGCAACAACAACAACAACAACAGCAAUGAGAACAACAACAACAACAACCAUAUUAUAUUUAUGGAACCCUUGACAUACAUCAAAGAAAUGCCAAGUGAUGAAGAUGUAUCCGAGGAGACGGCCUACGAUUCGUAUUACACGCAAUACACAACGCCCGACUCCAUGGACGGUGCCAGCGACAAUCUGCUGGUGACCUUCGACUAUGGCUAUAGCGAUUCCAUCGGGGCACCCACACCACCAUUGCCUCCAGUCGCAGCGGCAGCUGUGGACGACUGUGGUGCGGAUGGUGACUGCGCCAUUUGGUUUGGCUCGCCGGCUAACGAUGGCAAUGCAUUCAAGGUGCAUCACGUGCGGCAUAGCCCAUGCCUGCUCGAAGCGAGUCUGCAGUCCUUAAUAUCCUACGAUGUGGACGAGUUCGAGGAGCCAGAGUCUGAGCAAGAGCGAGCACACGAUCCGAAUGCAGACAGAGAAGAAUAUUUUUAUGAUAGCAUCGAGGGUUGAAUGCACUUAAAUUUUCAUGCCACGGCAGCUUUUUUUACUAUUCAGAUAUUUGAUAUGCUAUAUAUAUAUACACAUAUAUAUCCAUUUAUAUAUAUAGGCACAUAGAUUUUUCAAUUUUCAA